UGGGCUUAUCUUGACGAAGUGAGGCUACCUCUCAUGGAAAUGAACUGUUCUAAAGAGUGAAGUCCUUCGAGAACGAAAAGGGAGGUCCAAUGGCACUUUCUUUCCCCUUUCUCUCGGUUUUGUCAGUAUUGAGUAUAAUUUGAGCAGGGGGUUGAGUAAGGACACCACAAUUCUUUGUUGUGUCCAAUUCCGCUUCAGGCUUAUGAUGCAAGUUUCAUCGUCGAGCCAGGUACUUAGCUGAGGGAGACUCUGAAGGUGAAGGUGGAAGUGUAGCCAUGGCGCUCUGGAAUGGUCUGGGCCAGGUGGCUACAGUUGCACAGCUGACCGGAGUGGAUGCCGGUGGGCUCGUCACGAUGAUCCUUGAAGCGGUGAGGACGGUCAGCCGCAACAGGGAGGAAUGCAGGCAUCUGGCGCGCCGGGUGAUGAUGUUUGGCGACCUUGUGCAGAAGCUGCAGGGAUGGGAUAUGAUGCAGGAACCAGAGAUCAGAAGGCCUCUGGACGGGCUGCAUGACACUUUCAGGGAAGCAUAUGUACUCAUCGUUUCCUCCCAGAUCUGUAGCAUCGCAUACCGCUUCUUCAUGGGCUGGAAGCAGGCUGAACAGUUCUGUGAGGUGCAGAAGAAGAUUGAUAGUUAUAUCCAACUCUACCCGUUCAUAUGCCAUAUCGACAUUACUCGUGGACUAGACAAACUCUGCAGUGGUGCAAAUCCUUCAUGCUCCCAGAUCCAGCUAUUUCAGGGUGCAGGAACAAUAUUGGGGACAUCAGCGAGCCUUUCAAACCAUGAGGCAAGGUUACAGGGAACAUCAUGACAUGCGUCGGUCAGAAACAACAGAUUUAUGUGGUGCUGUUGGCGGAUUCAGGACAAAACAAGAUCACCUUAUAUUCCUAAGUUCAUAGAUCAUCAAGGAAUAGGGUUUCCAGUAUUCCGCUUGUCUGAGCUGAAGGCUGCUACAAAUAACUUCUCGUCUGAAAAUUUGACAGGAUGUGGUGGUUUUGGCAAAGUUUACAAGAACUGUUAUAUUUGGGUGCUUGAAGAUAGGACAUAAGAUCUCUCAAAUUUGAGAAGGAAUUGUAAGCCUGUAUCUUCACAUUACAGCCACCAUUUCAUUUGGGCAGUUUGGCUCUGCGCUUCCAGUAAAAGGGCAUAUGCUGUCGUUCCUAAUUUUUAAUGUGAAAUGAGGGGAGCACAAAUAAAGUGUUGUCGUGUUGCAAGAGCCAAAGGGCAUAUAUAAAUUAUAUAUGUUGGCCUAAUGGAUUUUUCAUUUCACUCAAACAGGCCCAAGGGCAGUCUUGAUACAUAUAUAAACUCUAAACAGUAUA